AGCAUUUUUCUUUGUCUCUGAGCAGGCAAGAGUGUCAUAACCACCAUCAGCCAGAAUGAGAACUUUCGUCCUGUUGGUGUGCCUGUCUGCCGCCUGCCUGGCUCAAAGACCAAAACCAUGCAGUGAGUACAAAUAAGGCAAUUCUGAUUUAUUCUGAUUUAUUCCUCUGUGAUUCACUGCCAAUGGUCUCGCGGGUUGUUUUCUCUGGAGCAUUUAUGUAUUAAUAUGUUGUAGUGAGCCUAACACUGCUGUAAUGCACAUGGUGUUUGCUCAGUUUGCUGUAAAUCAUUCUUGUAUAUUUUGCCAGCAUCUCCACCUCUACUGACCGGGGGACUGUCUGUGGUAAGAUUUUAUUUCUUUUCUUACGAGUGAAAACUUCAGCAUUCCUCUGAAUGCUGUUUUAAAGUUUUGCCAAGUUUGAAAGGAAAACUUUCAAUACAAUUUUGUUAUUUUUCAAGUCCACCCAAAGUGAGAAGCUGCAGGCGUAUGCCAAGUACAGCUAUGAUGCACUGGGUAAGCGUAUUCGCCUCAGUCAGUUUGGAACCUAUGACAAUAAGACCUUCCACCUGGAUGUGCUUCUGCUCUACAAACAGGUAAUGACCACGCAUGAAGUAGGCGAAUCCACAUAAGACAAUGACAUGUUUUCUAAUUAAUGCACUUCUCUCCUCUCUAGGGUGUUAUGUAUAAAAUCAACACCAGGAACCAAACCUGCUGCAAGAAGCAACUGACUAUGGACUUCCAUCCGCUGGAGAUACCAGAGGAUGCUACUCUGCUGGGAGAGGUGGUGUUGGGCAGCUCCUCAGGUUGGGGACAAGGAGUCCUGGUCAACACAUGGACAGGGGAGAUGCAGCUAAAGAGGGGACAAGGUAAUGCCACAGUAGGACAACAUGUAAAGUCAUGUGGUGUCCUGAAGCACAUGACUUUCUGAGAUUUCUCCAUCUGAUCACUGCCUUUGUUUUGUCUUCAAACCUGUUGGUCUGGUUGCGUCGCUUCAGCUAACUUGUGAUCCACUUUUUGUUUUUAAAGCAAAGUACAUGAACACUGUGACCGAGUUUGGAUGUGUGCCAGUCAGCUCUCUGUUUCGUACAGACAAAACUGGAUGGAUUUUGACCAGGUUAGUGAGAGCGCAUGACAAGCCACAAAACAGGAAGUUUCAACUUUUAGUUCUUUUAGAGGCGGCAACCUGAUAUUGAGAAUAAAGCCACUGUGGAAGUGCAGAAAACUGGAGUUCCUCAAUUGUCUGAUGAAGAAGAACAAUAUUGCUCACAUUAAAUAAGAAAUAAACACAUUUACUGACAUUUAUUUGACAUCUUUAAAAAAAUCUUUUUAUUGAUCUUCUUUCCUUUUUCUUUUUUUAGCUUCUACAAUAAUGUAAUCGGACUCGCAGACCCUGCGCAGUUCAUCCCUCCACCUUUCUGUAAGGGUGUCCCUCUGGAGAAAGAGGAUGAAGAAGAGCCUGUGAGCUUCUACAGCAUGUUUAUGAAGCAGAAAUAUUGUUCACUGUGAUUACGGCUACAAAAUAUGACACACUGCACUUCUUCUUUUAGUAGCCCAUUACUCUUUUUAUUUUUCAAAUUAAAGAAGGCAGUCAUCUGCAUAGAGGCAACCAAGCUGUGCAUCAAAUUCAUGUAUUUGUCAGGGGUGGGGUAGUCUUUGCAUUUUUUCUGUGAUAACUUUUGACUGUGAGAAGUACAUUCUUGCUGGUGCAAAUGAAGUCAGUGGUUACAUGCACCUUAAAAUUGCACUUUCCAACACUAAUACAUAUUGUUUACAAUACAUGCUACUAUUGAAUGUUCUGUCUUUCAGGGAUAAUUGAAUUUAAUUUUCCUGCUUUCACUUAUGAAGAAGCAAUUUUGUUACAGUGAAGACAUGACACUGUUGAUAAUGUGUGCCAGCAGAGGAACUUGCAGAGGAACUUUGCUAUGUUAAAAGCAGUGGUGUCAUGUUGAUCAGAAAUCUCUCAAAAUGAUGUGAAAAUAUAAUAAAUCAAUAAAAAACUGCUCCUCUA